GUCACGUGAGAGGCGGAAGUGCCCUGUCUCCGCUGUCUGUGGCCUCUGUAGCCGGAAGUUGUAAAUAAUUGGGGCUCACAGGGCGGGGUGACAGUGAUUGAAUUGUGUGCUGCAUCCCUUGUAUGUGGCAGCGGGGUCGGUACAGUACGUGUAGUCACGGUGCGUGUCAUGCGUGCGGGGAAUGUGAUUGCUAGCUGGCUUAUAAUGUAGCAGAUGCGGCGCAGGACGUGUGUGUGUGUGUGUGUGACAUUAUGGCAGGGCCGGGGAGUGACAGGAGCUCAUGUGGCUGUUCAAUGGCAGAGAGCAGGGGAGAGGAUGAGCUGAAGGUCUCUCUCUGGGAUUGUCGCUGGGAAUGAUGAUCUCUCAAAGAGACAGAGGGGAUCUUGCACGUUUUUACACAGUCACAGAUCCCAGGAGGCACCAGAAAGGUUUCACUAUCUAUAAAGUCACAGCACGGAUUGUGUCAAGGAAGAAUCCUGAGGAUGUUCAGGAGAUAGUUGCUUGGAAGCGAUACAGCGACUUCAAGAAAUUACACAUAGAUCUCUGGCAAAUACACAAAAAUCUCUUCAAACAACAAGAGCUCUUCCCCCCAUUUGCCAAAGCAAAACUCUUUGGGCGGUUUGAUGAAAACGUGAUUGAAGAGAGAAGGCAGUGUGCCGAAGAUUUGCUCCAGUUUUCUGCCAACAUCCCAGCACUCUAUAACAGCAGCCAGCUAGAAGAUUUUUUUAAGGGUGGAGAGGUGCAUGAUGGAUCUGAUCUGAUAGGACCAGCAGAACCUACAGAUUUUACAGAUAGCCUUUCAGAUUGCAGCUCUGAUGUGAGAAAGGAUUCAUGUGGGCCUGAUGACCUGACUUUUACCAGCGUAUCUGAAUGUGGAGGGCUCUCCAGUGACAGUGACUUGAUCUCUUUGACGGUUGAUAAAGACUCUUUGUCUGGGAUAGAUGAUGGAAUGGCUUCCAAUCAGACUUCACCCAGUAAAUUCCUCGGGGUCCUUCCAUCGCCUGAGUCUAGCAUUCAAAGCGUCUUUGCCUCUAGUCAUGAGGCAACCAAAUCUGAGGGAGAGAAAGAUAGACAAAGCUCCUUCCCUGCAAGGCUAAAGCAGAAACUAAGCAAGCCAGACUACCUAACCAAGGCUGGCUCACUAAUAACCAUGGCCAUGAAGAAGGAGUCCCAGGAGGACUAUGAAUCUGCCAUUGAGUUUUACAAGAAAGGCGUCGAUCUUCUCCUGGAAGGUGUUCAAGGAGAGCCGAGUCCAACGCGGCGGGAAGCGGUGAAGAAGAAGACUGCCGAGUAUCUGAUGCGUGCUGAAAGUAUCUCCAGCUUAUGCCUUAAACACUCGCAGGAGGAGCUCAGCGCUCCUCCAGGAGCACUAAGUUCAAGGCCCUCUUGGAACCUAAGGAGUCCUGCAGAGGAACUGAAGGCCUUCAGAGUCCUUGGGGUGAUUGACAAGGUUUUACUUGUUUUGGAUACAAGGACACAGGAAACCUUUAUUUUAAAAGGUCUAAGGAAAAGUGAGCACUGUGCAACCAGAAAGACUAUCAUUCCCCGCCUUGUGCCCAACAUGGUGCGUCUGCAGGAGUAUAUCAUCUCUGAAGAGUCGGUGUUCCUUGUUCUCCAACAUGCAGAAGGUGGAAAAUUAUGGAACUACUUGAGUAAAUUUUUUAGCAGGAGUGCUGAUGAAAGCUUUGAUAUUCCUCCCUCCAAGAGCUCCCAUUCAGAUGAAGACCUUCUAAAACAUCUAGCUCCUUGUCCUAAAAGCAGCCUUGACUCCAGGGGAAGCAGUGAUAGAAACAUGCUAUCAGUGCAACAGCUGCAAAGUAGCUUGACAAUUAGCUCUCAAGAUGACAGUAGCACCCAAGAUGAGGAAGGGAGGGAAAGUCCUCUUAAAUGGGCUGAUUCUGCAUCAAGUUCUGAUGAGGAGUGUACCACAAGCUAUCUGACCCUGUGCAGAGAGUACAGCCAAGAGAAGGUGCAACCUGACACAUUAAGUGUUGAGCCUUUACUCGGACUGGAUGGACAGGAGGAUUUCCCCCCAGACUUCGUAGAGCAAGAGCCAAGUUGCACAACUUCUAAUAGCUUAAACUCUCAGCUGACUAGUGAGGAACCUUUAUUUAUUGAAGAGAGUGGACACAGCGUGCCCAAGCCAGUUCUGAUGGCUGACGCACUGAGAAAAUCUAGGGGUAGUCCCAUGGAAUUUUUUAGAAUCGAUAGUAGGGAAAGUAAUAGUGAUUUGGGAGAUCAUAGUUCAAAAGCAGGAACUGUUGAUGCAUAUCCCUCUUUCCAGGAUGAUGUUGAUGAUGAUAGUGAAUUUGAGCCAGAAAGGCCAAGUGUUGGCACUUCAGUCAUAAUCACUCACGAUGCAAUAAGCAGGGGGUCAAAUGAUUCUUUUCCUGUCAUUUCAUUCAAAGAUGCUGCUUUAGAUGAUGUUUGCAGCAUUGAUGAAGGAAGGCCAGACCUUCUAGUCAACCUGCCUGGCACUGAACAAAUGGACGAAACUGAAGUUGUUUUUCAACCCAACCUAUUAGAAACUGAUUUUAUGGAGACCAAGCUUUUAGAAACCCCUGACGUUUUACUGGUGAAUAACAGCUUGGAGCAAUUGACGGGGCUUAAUCCAAAUCCACUUGUGGCUGUUGAGCAAACAUGGGGCCCUCAUUCACAAAUUACUGAACAAUGUCAAGUCAACACUAACAGCAAGGAAUCUUCUAGAUCUGCAUCUAUUGAUCCAUUAGAAUCAAGGGGUACUUUAAGUGAUUUAGACACUUUAUUACCAGCAUCGGUGACUUUUCCUUUAUCAUAUUCCACGACGACCGAAGGAGUCUCCCAAGUUCCCUGUGAGACAUCUUCAGGCAUCAAAAAUGUCUAUGACCCUCAAGAGACACUCGCUUUGGUCAGUUCUGAAGUGUCUGAUGAGUUAACUACUAAUCUGGUGCAGCUCAAUAUUAAAAUCGAGGAUACAGAUGCUUGUGAUGUCAAAAAGGAAUUUUGGGGGGAGAAGGAUAUCCAUAAACUGUUUCAGGAACUUGAUGCAAAAUUGUCAGCCGCAUCUAACUUUAUCAUCCCAGAGACCUUCAUUCAGAAAUGGGCUGCCGAAAUAGUUCUGGCUCUUGAUGGUCUACACGGAGAAGGAAUUGUGUGUCGCGAUUUGAACCCAAACAACAUCUUAUUGAAUGAUGGAGGACACAUUCAGCUAACAUAUUUUAGCAGGUGGAGUGAGGUUGAAGAUUCCUGUGACAGCGAUGCAAUAGAGAAAAUGUACUGUGCCCCAGAGGUCGGAGGGAUAACAGAGGAGACGCAGGCCUGUGACUGGUGGAGUUUAGGGGCUCUUCUCUUUGAACUCCUCACCAUAAAGGCCCUGGUUGAGUGCCAUCCAGCAGGAAUGAACACCCACACGACUGUCAGUAUGCCAGAUUACGUGUCUAAGGAAGCCCAGUCUCUCGUUCAGCAGCUUUUGCAGUUUAACCCACUGGAGCGACUUGGUGCCGGAGUUGCAGGAGUUGAUGACAUCAAAUCUCAUCCUUUCUUUGCUGGUGUAAAGUGGGAGGAGCUUGCAAGAUGAAACCUUACUGUGCUGUUAAAAGGGAACAGUCAUGCACUCGGCUGGACCUGUAUGUAGGAAGGCCAAUGAGAGGAAAGGUUCUAAUAUCUGCGCACUGAAUGUGGCCUGUUGGGUUUAACUGAACCAUACAGUGCUGCACCGUCCAAGACACCUCCCUACUUGCAUAGAAAGUUUAGUUAACUUUUUUUUUUUUAAUAUGAAUCUGUGAUAUAAAGGAUUACAGUAGAACAAAGUAUGGUGAGAUAGGAUAAAAAGGAUAGAAUGUUUUGCAUGUUGCCUGGUGUAGUGGGCUGGGCAGGUGGCCCUCACCUCUAGGAUGAGAUAGCAGUCAGGAAUUGCUCCAGAGGGCUUCUGGUUGAGCAUCACUCUGUAUAUAGCGAAAAUACCUUUUAUCUGUUACACAGUACAAUAUGCCCUUUGUCCUCUUAUCUAACUUUUCUCACCAAGAAUGCAAAUGUCCUUUCUGCCCUCUCCUAAAUCUAGGGAUGCACCGAAUGCACUAUUUUGGAUUCGGCCAAACUCCCGAAUCCUUCGCGAAAGAUUCGGACGAAUACCGAACCAAAUCCGAAUUUGCAUAUGCAAAUUAGGGGUGGGAAGGGGAAAACAUUUUUUACUUCCUUGUUUUGUGAUUAAAAAGUCACGCAAUUACCCUCCCCGCAAAUUAGGAUUUGGAAUCGGUUCCGCCAGGCAGAAGGAUUUGGCCGAAUCCGAAUCCUGCUGAAAAAGGCCGAAUCCUGGAUUCGGUGCAUCCCUACCUAAAACAGACACUUGUGAGAUCUAUUGCUUUGGAUCUUAUAUGCAAAGGACACCACACUAACAUGCAAGGGGUUAAUAGGUUAAACAAGAACAAACAAUAUGACUAUAAUAAAGACGUUUUAUUGGUUGUA